AUGAUCACUCAAAAUUUCUGCUUUGCCAUAAGCGAAUACGUUUCACAGAUGAAAAAUUCAACACACAGUGACACAGCGAUUUGGUAUUGCAGCUUCGUUGUGAUUCUGUUAGCCUACCCCGUGGGUCUCAUUGGCAAUGCCAUCGUCAUCUUCGUAACGGCGUUUAAAAUGAAGGACAACAAGAACAAGAUCUGGUUUCUGAACUUGGCCGUGGCAGACCUUGCCUUUCUCCUCUGUGUGCCAUUGGAUGCUAUUGUUUUUGUCAAAGAGGGUUGGAUCUUUGGAUUGGAACUUUGUAAACUAAAUAAUUUUCUGUAUGUGUGUAAUAUGUUUGCCAGCAUCUUAAUCAUCAUGGCUUUAAAUAUUGAUCGGGCUCUUUCCAUUGCUAAACCAAUUUGGCACAUGAGAUUCUACUCUGAAAAUAUUUCCUACUGGACCUGCACUUGCAUGUGGGCAUUAGCACUGGCAUUAAGCAUCCCUGUAUACAUUCAUAGUGGUGAAUAUAAACAUGGCGGAGCAACGUAUUGCCUCCCUUUUAAUACCCUGUUUUUACAUCUUUUUGAGAGUGAAAAGGAGCCAGAUACUAGCGAGGCAAUCACCAAUUUGGUCAAAAUAGACAAUAUGUCAUCUACUGAGAUGUCACUUACAACGGGUGCAACUUCUGCACAACAUGAGCUCAAGGGGUUUUCCUAUAAUCAGAAACAUUGUGGAGGUGGACAGUGUUGCUCUAGACAGGAGACACUUCAGAGGCUUCAGGAGAUUAGAUUUUUAGGAGAUUCUUUUAUGAUUUCAUCCUUAGUAUUAACUUACAUUGUGCCACUCUGUGUAAUCCUAUUUUCCAAUGUCAUGGUGGCCCUGAAAGUGCAGAAAUCUCAAACUGUCCACUCUAGUAGGCUCUACAGAAUUAUAGUCAUGGUGGUGCUUGUCUACUUUCUUUCCUGGACCCCAGUGGCCUCUUCCUAUGUGGUUCUCUUGGUAGGGGAGUACAAUGAAAACAUUGAACUACUAGAUAACAUGUAUAGCCUUACCCCUUUACUGAUCAGUAUAUCCUAUUUAAACAGCUGCUUAAACCCCAUCAUGUAUGUGCUGGUUAGCAGAAGAAUAAGGCGUCGGAUUAGUGAUAUGAUUAGAAUGAUAAAGAGCAGAACAUCAGUAUAG